CUAUACUACGUACAUAUGUAUGUACUUACUUAUUUGUAGGUCUCGCGUGUUUCCGUUUGAACGUGAAACGUUAAAAAUCAUAUUAAAUCGCUCGACCGGGUGGUUCCUCAAAUAGAUGGAUUGUUUUACGUCGUGCUGGGAUAUUCAUACGUAGACUGAUCUUGGUUCGAUUCGCCAUAUAAUGCUCCUUUAAAUCAAGAAAUAAACAUAUGAACGUACAUAGGAUAGUAAACCGAUUUCUAUUGAUCGCGUUGGAGAAAACAAUGAAACGUAAUGGAAAAAAGAAUUUAACCAAAGCCGUAACAGCUACUUUACCGAAAAAGAAUCAUUGGUCGUUAGGCUUACUCGAUUCUAUGAAAGAUCCGACUCUUAAAGUCGUGGAGGACGAUAGCAUAGUCGUUAUCAAAGAUAAAUAUCCAAAAGCAAGAUUUCAUUAUCUGAUUUUGCCGAAGGAAAAUAUUUCUACAGUUUGGAAGAUUCAAAAGAAUCAUGAGAAUCUUCUGUGGCAUAUGGACGACGUUGCGGAAGAACUAAUUAAAAAACAUUCGGGACACAAGUUCCUUAUCGGGUAUCAUGCUGUGCCAAGUAUGCAAAGAAUGCAUUUACAUGUGAUUAGUACAGAUUUUAACAGUCCGUGUUUAAAAACGAAAUAUCACUGGAACAGUUUUACAACGCCAUUCUUUAUCUCUUCCAAAGAAUUAUGUAAACAACUCAAAGAAAACGGAGAACUCAAAAAGAUAAGUUCUACGACGGCACAAAAGUAUUUAAAUAGUGAAUUAAAAUGCCACGAGUGUUCGGUGAAGCCAAAAAAUAUGGGCGACUUGAAAAGGCAUCUACUCUCGUCGCAUUUGUCAGAAAAGUGGGAAUGAACGUUCUUUUUAUUGGACACUGUAGACCGUGUUAUUUUCUCGACCAAAAAUUUGAAGUCGAUGGCAUUUCCUGUGUCAUCCAGCCAUGAUUUCCAGUUGAUAUCGACUGUAUUUGGUGCGAUCCAGUAGCAGCUAGUGUUUCAAGGAAUCGUUUAAAACAUGACGUGUAAUAAUUAUCGAUAACCAGCUUUGAACGUAAGGAAUAAAAUUAUAUCGCUCGCGAGCGACACAUCGUAUUCGUAUAAUAUUCGUUAUAGAUUAUUAUGAAACAAUUUUGGAUCGAGGUAAAGAAAACUUUGAAAAUAUGGUUCAACAAUUCUCCGCUCCAUAUAUUUCACUUUUUUCCAGUUUAAUUCACUCUACGGAUAGUUUGUUUCCAGCUCCUUUAAAUCAAGAAAUAAACAUAUGAACGUACAUAGGAUAGUAAACCGAUUUCUAUUGAUCGCGUUGGAGAAAACAAUGAAACAGUAGCUUCACUCUUUGGAAAGUUAUUUAAUACGAAACACAACAUUUCCGCAGGAAUAAAACGAAACAAACAAGUGUAUCAAUUGCCGUCAAGUUCGUUCGUAAUAAAAUGAAUAAAUAUAGUUGCCAUAUGUGUAUCAGGAUUAGGAUCGACAUUUUUUGAUGGUUUUUCGUAAAGAAAGCAGUCGGGUUAUAUGUUUCGGAAAAUUUACUAUAAAUAAAUUUGAUGUUAAUAGGUUUCGUCGCCUAUAAUAUCAAUUACGUGCUAA